ACAUCAUUCCAUAGAAGGCUUACGGUGUGUUUGGCUUGUGUGUGGAACAACUUGUUGCUUCUUCAAAAACUAGAUCGUGUUUGUAUCUCAAAAUGACUCGACCAAACAACAACUCAUAAGUAGACAACUUGCAACUUCGAACAAGCAAAUCGAACCAAUCGAAAAAAAUAUCCUUAAAAAAGUGCAUCGCAAUCUAAAAAUCAACUGUACUCCAACAAUUAUCAUCAUGACCUAUGCAGCCGAACGGUCGUUGGCUUAUUUGUAUCCCAUUGUGAUCGCCUCAUCGGUAAUUUGCUGCGUAACCUCAGGAAUUGGGUGGUCGCAUUGGCGUUACGCCCUAAAUGGCUGUCCAGAAACUAACUGUGGAUGUUACUUAUACGGCCGCAACACCUUCCGCUCCUUCGAUGGUGGCCAUAUUGCAUAUUGCCAUUACGCCACUUAUGGUCUGAUAUUGCCAUUGCUAUUUUGCGUUAGUUUGGGCAUUUAUCAUGUGUAUCGGGUGUGUCUGGGCACAGGAAAGAGAAAAUCUGGAACAACAACGAUUCGGCAAAGAUCCGGCGACAUGAUUGUCGUAACGACCGAAUCCGAAAUAACAGAUAACGACGUAUCACCUUAUUAUUGGAUGCCCACAUCAGUUAUAGCCUGCAUAAUGGCCCUUUACACUUUGGUGUACGCUUCCAUAUACACAAAUGGUUUUGAUGUGACUUGCAAACAAUAUAGGGAAGCUCUAUUAAAAGAUAUCCAAGGUUCGGGUAACAUAGUCCCAGUUAUUAAAGGUCGACUCUCAUGCUCGGCAAUAUUUGAUUUCAUGGAUUAUCUGCUGCAGCAUGACAACUUUGAACGACGUCGUUAUGGACGUAUUAAUAGUUCAAUUUGCUUCCACUUGACAUUAAUAUUUGCUUGGGUAGCAGUCGUAGGAUGGAUUGCUAUAGCAACUGUUAAUAUCGUUCAAACAAGACGGACCAAAGCGGCCAGAGUAUAAAAGAUGUAUUAAACGUUAAUACGAAAAUAAUGUAUGCCAUCCAUUGUACAAUGCAAAACUUUUUAUAGCUUAUUUAAUAAAAAUAAAUUACUUUAAGACGAA